UUCUGCGCAUGUCACUUUUCUGAUAUCUAGCAAAAAUAUGUGAGACGCAGUUUCGAGUUUAAAACAAACAAAUUAACGUAAUUAUUGUUUUCAAAACAACUUGUCCUGUGUUUUUAUUGAUAUUAAAACACUGAAAUGACGAUAGAUGGGAUUUUGCACAUUUUAUAGACCACAGCGUUGGAGAUGAAAGUGCUUCUCAAAAUACAACUCUUUCGAGACACGUCAUACCCCCAAAGAAAAUAAACAAGAAAUGGGCCAGGUGGUCAAGGCUGGUGUCCAAAUAACAUAAUGCGACGGUGUAACUUAGCCAAUAUAAGAAUAUAUAUCAUUUAGAUCAUAUAGGGCAUUCCAUGAUGGACAGUGAUCUAAGUCCUCAGGAUAAAAAAGACUUGGACAAGUUCAUAAAGUUUUUCGCUUUGAAGACAGUACAGGUGAUAGUCCAAGCUCGACUUGGGGAAAAAGUAUGCACACGCUCCUUGUCUUCACCUACUGGCUCUGAUUGGUUCAACCUGGCAAUCAAAGAUAUCCCAGAAGUUACACAUGAGUCAAAGAAAGCUCUGGCCGGGCAGCUUCCUGGCAUCGAACGGUCCAUGUGUGUUGAGAUCUCCCUCAAAACCUCAGAGGGAGACUCGAUGGAAUUGGAGACAUGGUGUCUCGAAAUGAACGAGAAGUGUGACAAAGAUAUUAAAGUGUCCUACACUGUCUAUAACCGCAUGUCAUUACUGCUCAAGUCACUACUGGCUAUCACAAGGGUAACCCCAGCCUACAAACUCUCACGAAAGCAAGGGCACGACUAUGUCAUACUGUACAGGAUAUAUUUUGGAGAGGUUCAACUUACAGGAUUGGGAGAAGGGUUCCAGACAGUGCGUGUAGGAGUUGUGGGAACUCCUAUUGGAACCAUCACCUUAUCUUGUGCUUACAGGACAAACCUGGCCUUCAUGUCCACCAGGCAGUUUGAGAGGACGGCUCCGAUUAUGGGCAUAAUCAUUGACCACUUCGUUGAGCGCCCCUUUGGCAACGUGGGACACAUGCAUCCAUGUAACUACAGAGCACCCGGAGAAGAUGAAGGAGCAUACAAUGGGGUGGAGGAUUCUCAGGAAGUGUGCACCACGUCCUUCUCCACUUCUCCACCCUCACAAAUGGGAGUUCCAGGGAAGGAGGGCGGCGUACCCCAGCAGGUCCCUGUGCAGCCUUGUCAUGGAGCCCAGGCAGAGCAUCGACGAGUGUCCUCAUGCCCCCCUGCUGAUCAUGUUCCCGCCACGCCCUCCAGCAGUGGUGAGGACGCAGAGACCUCGUCGAGGAGCGUUGGGGUGAAGAGUGGCUCUCCCUGUGGUGUACUGGAGACCACCUUCACCAGGAAAGUGGGUGCCUUUGUCAACAAGCCAGGCACACAGGUAACCACAGCAAGCCUGGACUUACCAUUUGCAGCGUUUGCUCCCAGAGCCUAUGACCUCGAGGAAAAUGACCCUAUGGUUCAGCCGCCGGAGUCCUCAGCCACGUCCUCUCCCCUGCAGGGCAGUUUGCACUCCCAAGGCUCUGGUGAGAGUGGAGGCCCGGCACAGGACGACUUUGUUAUGGUGGACUUUAAGCCUGCGUUCUCCAAGGAUGACCUCCUUCCCAUGGACCUUGGCACAUUCUACAGAGAGUUCCAGAACCCCCCACAGCUCACCAGCCUCACUAUUGAUGUCAGUUCUCAGUCCAUGGCAGAAGACCUGGACUCUCUUCCUGAAAAACUGGCAGUAUACGAGAAGAACAUCGAUGAAUUUGAUGCAUUUGUGGACACAUUGCAGUAGGGAUAGAAAUGGAUCCACUGUCUGCAAUGACAAAUGAUCCCAUUUAGUCCAUCUGCAAGGUCCUGUUGUCUUUCAAGCUGGUUUGCAUUCAGCCUGUGUAUGCCUGUUCUUUCUUCUCGUAGUUUAAAUUCCAUAUUGAUUUGUAUUCCGAAUGUUUCUCUUCAAACCUCACUGGAUGAUGUAUUGUAGAGUAAGAGAGCCUGUACCCAACAACCGAAGACAUCUUUAAAAAAAGAAAAAAAGUUGCACCGUUUCUUUUCUGAAGUGAAUAACUGCAACAUUUGCUCUAGUGUUGAGCAGACUGUGUCAUAAUGUAAAUACCAGAUCCCCUCUCACCUUGCUGUUAUAGAGCUUAACACGUAAUAAUUAAGACGUUCAGUUCAUCAAAGCUGUUGUCUAAAGGUCAGGAGGCAUUGUAUUAUUGCUGUCCCGUGUGACACUGAGAACGCUCAUAGCAACUAUGGAGCCAGGCGUGGCCAUGUUUUAGUAGAUGGGAAGAAGCCAAGCUAUGUAUGGAAAUUGAUCAAUAGUAGUGAAUCUAUAUCCAAGAAACGGCAAACAUGCUGUGUAGCUGAAUCUGUAUGUUGAAAGAGAAGUUCCUGUGGUUGUUUUUUUGUAAAUGGGGAGAAGAGUUGUCUUCUGCUUUCCUUCUCUAGAUUACCAACUUUAGGCCACACAUCACUGUGUCUCACUACAAAUGAUGUACAGUCACUGCUCACCUCUGAAUCACCAUAUAAAGCAAGCUUCCCUUUUCCCUAUCUGUAAAGAGGGUAAACAUUAUUUGCACUUUCAAUGUAUCAAUCUUAAGUCAUCUUGAUUUCCCCCAACGCUUUAAUAUACAGUAGCAUGGUCAUGUGUAAUACAUUUGAUCUCAAAUGGCCUAUUUUGUAUUAUGGGAAAGGAAUAAGCCAGAGGCCCUAUAUAUUUCUGAUUGUGGUCGUUUGUGAUUUAUACCAGCACAACACGAGGGAUCGUAUUCGUCGUCCUUCUUGAAGCUUUUAAAACACAAUAUAGCAUCAAUACUCUUGUCACAUGAGUACGCCCCUCCACACAUCUGAAUAAAUCAAAUGAAGGCACUUUUAACCACCUUUUAUUUAUACUUUAUAUUCAUAACAUAUAAAAAAUGAUUGCGGUAAAAUACUCAACGAGAAAUUUCAUUUUCACUAGCAACCAGGAAAUACUAUUAUUUGACAAUACAGAUAUACAAUACAAUAAAGGUGAACAAACGGGCACAAUUUUUUUAACGAGAUAUGACGAGUUGGUUCCUCGCCUGUUUGUUUCCUUAAGGCACACAGACGCAAAAUGGGGUUGUAAAGGUUCUACUAAGCCACUGAUCCGCAUGUCAAUGCAAUUGUUUAAUUGACAUGACCAGGAAGUUUUCAUACACUGUAAACAAAUUAAUUUUAAUAAUAGACAACACAUCAAAGCACAACAGAACUCUUACUUAUUCGGUCUUAACAUUAGCACGGUUCUCAUUCAGGAUAUGUUCAUUACAAAGUCAUUCAGGAUUACAAAGCACAGGAGCUGUACCCCCAAAAGUUUGGCCAUUGCAAAUGGAAAAAAUGUUAAGGUAAACAAUUAUCUAAAUGGAACCAUCUUAGUGUUCUCCAAUGCAACCAUAAUUCUUUGGUUGAGUUGAAUUUAGUAUUGAACAAAAUGCAACGGACAUCAAUAAAAUGAGCAAAAUAAGGCAGAGAAACAGCUCGCCUAACAGUCAACAUACAGUAAACAAAUGAAAUACAGCAGAGCCUGAAAGCCCCUGGGUCUGUAAGUACACAGCAUUUCAGUCUAUCCAUGAUUAGAAGCCCUUCUAAUACCCCUUACUGACUUUAAGGCUACAGAAAGAUAUUUUGCCAGCAGUGACACUAGCCAUCAGUCUUUACAGAGGGAUGUUGAUGUUCAAGGAAUAGCUGCUGUAAGUAGAGUAAUAAUACACAAAUGAAAGUAGAAUAUGUGUCAUGAAAAGACUGUCCUGCAUUGAGUAAGCUAAUCAGGCUUAACAUGAAAUGUAGAAGUUACAUGAUUAAGAAUAGUUUAUUUUAUAGUUGACCUGUACAAAAUGAUCAAACGUAAUGCAGCAGAAAGGAACAAAGGCUUGCUGGAAAUGUUUAAAGGGGAUACCAGUAUGUUUUGUAAGAUGAGUAAACAUUUAAAAAGUAAGGCGAUAUGUGACCCCCCCCCCCCCCAAAACAAACGUAAAUACACAUGGUUUUAUUUAGCUAUAUACUCUGUAGCUUUACACAUAACCAUGAUUCUUAAACAAGUUGUGGCAAAAUAUAAACUCCCGAUAGAAUUUAGAGUACACUGCAGCGACCGAUCAUUUAUGAAAUUCGAAAAUGAUUUGUUCCAAUGUAAAUAGGACUUGACAUACCAAGUAAAUUAAUAUGAAAUAUAUCUUGCUCCCCAGAUACAAAACAUUGCAUAAAUGUUCUCUGAAAUCUGUACCAUCAAAAUAAAUAUUUGAUAUGAUUCAAACCAGAACAGAUGUGAACUGGUUUCGGUUAUUCCAAUUGUUUUAAAGUACCAAAUCAUGUACACUGUGUUGAACUUCUCCUGAGUGAUAAGAUAUCUGGCGGAGACAUUAAAGCCUCCUUCAUACCGGACUUCUAA